AUGGUCGAUAUAAAGAGGAUUGAGCGAGAAAUCCGACAAUGUCAUGCCGACAAAGACACUACUAUUUCUGUCCAGCCAGUUAAUGACAACCUAUGUCAUAUCAAGGGGUUUUUUCAAGGCCCAUCUGAAACUGUCUACGAAGGGGGCAAGUUUGUUAUUGAUAUCAAGUUACCUGACGAGUAUCCAUUCAAACCGCCCAAGAUGGUAUUUGAUACUCCAAUCUACCAUCCAAACAUCUCUUCGCAGACUGGAGCCAUUUGUCUGGAUAUUCUAAAGGAUGCAUGGACGCCGGUUCUUACUCUCAAAACCGCGCUGAUCUCGUUACAGUCGUUAUUGUGCGAACCACAGCCUGACGAUCCGCAAGAUGCUCAAGUGGCUAAACACUAUCUUUCUGAUAGAGCUGGAUUCGACAAUACUGCUCGUUAUUGGACGAAAGCGUAUGCUUCAGCUGAUACUGUAUCAGUAGUGAAUGAGGAAGCUGGACUCAACCAACAAACAAUCCAGCGACUUGUGGAAAUGGGAUUUGAACGUCAGACUGUUGUUCGAGCUCUAAAGCAGACUGAUGGUGAUGAAAACCAGGCAUUAGAAGUCAUUUUAUCCGGAAAUAUAUAAUGCAUAAUGGAAAAUAGUAUUGCAUUGAUGAAUAAAGGUUAAAUUAGUAUUUUAGGG